AUGUUUGUCCUCAGUUACCACAGGGGAGCACAACGAGGGCUGAUAUUGGGAUAUCCCUUUAUUCUGAAGGGUCUGACCGGUGAAAGGUUGAGACUCAUUUACCACUCAUCAAUCCAGAGGCUUGCAGUGUCGGAGGUCCGCGCCCCUGAUGACUGCUGGCACCCGCACCGACGACUGACCGACCUUCCAUAUCCGAAAUGGAUGCCGAGUCCCCUUCUUGUGCAGGACCUCACAGAGAUAGCCAUGAGGCUGCUACGAAGACCCAGACGCGCACGCCGCCUCCCUAGACGUAACCCUUCUCCGACCCCGCCCUUGACGCUCAUUGCCAGCGCGAACGACCCUGUGGGAGCAAAGGCACACAACGAAUCCCGUCCUGGAGACUGUGAAAGCGUCCGUGCCUGCUUCAAAUCGGGGUUCUGCACCCAUCCGCCCCAUCCGCAUGCGCCCGCGAUGUCCUACGUGACCCAGCAGCAAUACCACCAGCUCGCCGCGCGCGCGCCCCCGCCCAACUGGUCCGGGCCCUGGCCGCCGCCCGUGGGCAGCGGUCCCUGGCCCCCCGGCUUCCCUGGCCCGCCCCCGCCUCCACCCGGCGUCCCCGUCAACGCGCAGUCGUGGCAGCGCGGCCAGUGGGUGUUCAACCCCGCGUUCCGCGCGCAUGUUGCGCCCCAGAUGCCCGCGAACUUUGCGCAGUGGGCGCACUUUGGCUUCGCCCAGCAGGGACAACAGGCGCAGGCGCAGAGCUAUAACCCGUACAAGAGGGUGCCGAAGCAGCCCGACCCGAGCUAUUGGAGCACGGAGCUGAAGGAUAAUGGGUUGGGCUUGGAGAACAUGCACAUACGGAAUGAGUCGGCAGAGCUGCACGCGCCGAACACGCCCUGGACGUGGGCGCCGCGCGAGCUCGAGCAGCCGUCGUCCGCGCGAGAAGGCCUCCCGCCUGCGAGGCGUGCGUCGGACUACGCAUCCGCCUCUACCUCUUCCUCCACCCAGCCCUCGACCUCGCAAUCAAACCAACCCCGCGACCACCGCAGGCAGAACUCCGAGCCCCCCGACCCCGCGCGCACGACGGCCGCCUCCAACUCCAGGACCAGCUCCCUCAGCCGACACGGCUCGCUCGACCGCCGAGACGGACACGGAAACCACCACCACCACAAGAAGGAGAAGGAGCCGGACGUGUUCACGGCGAAGCGCGAGCUGCAGCCGACGUUCUCGCCGAGCAUCGUGCGCACGCCCGAGUACUAUCGCACGCGGCCGUCCUCGCCCACGUCCAACACUCGUUCUGCGACUGGGAGCUUGCGGAGCAUACCGGAGACGCCGACGAGGGGCGCGCCGCUGAGGGCCAGCGCUACUGUGCCUGCUAUCUCCACCUCGGGGUUGGGGGGUACGGGGAGUAUGAGUAAUAUCACGAACGCGGCGAGCUUCACCGAGGAGCCCGCGGGCCUGCUGAGCCCACUCGUGGGCGCGACGCCGCGGGUGGCGACGCUCGAUCAGGCGAUGCGGCGUGAGGAAGAGCGCGAGAGGUAUGGGUCGAGUUCGGGGACACAGCAGGAGAGGGAACGAUAUGGCUCUAGCUCUAGCUCGCAGCAACAUCAGGAGCGGGAGCGAGAUCGGGAUAGGGACCGGUAUGGGAGUAGCUCGCGCGCUGCGGAGACCAACUCCCGACAGUAUUCCAGCUCAAGCUCAAGCUCGACUGUACGUCCUUCGGACACGCAGUACUCCAGCUCGAGUUCCCGUCCUUCAGACACGCAGUACUCCAGCUCGGGGACGACCGCGCGGCCUUCAGACUCGUAUAGUUCUUCUACCGCGCGUGCGACGGAUACUCAUCGGCCCCGCACUACCUCUACUUCCCAGCCGCAAUACAGUAGCGCAAGUUCCCGCGACCAGAAGCAGUCGAGCUCGCGUGCGGCGGAGCAGCAGUACUCCGCGUCGCGUUCGACUGACCAGCCGAAGUACAGCAGCAGCAGUUCGCAGCAAUAUUCCUCCUCGCGUUCUACAGAGCAGCCAUACUCCAGUUCGCGUGCUACAGAACAGCCAUACUCCGGUUCGCGUUCCUCAGAAGUGCCAUACUCCAGUUCGCGUUCGACGGACCAGCCAAAGUAUAGCAGCAGUUCGCAGCAAUACUCUUCCUCACGUUCCGCAGAGCAGCCAAAGUACACCACCGGCUCGCACCACCACACCGUCGACGCGCACUACACCGGCUCGAGCUCCCGCUCCGCGGACCCGCCGUACACCACGGGUGGUGCGCGGCCCAUCACGCGGCACCACUCCGAGCCGGCCGUCUCGCCGCCGCCUGGGAUACCCGCGCGCUCGCCCGCGCAGAUGCAGGUGUCGCCCGGCGUGCGGAGUAUAUACUCGCAGCGCUCGGACAGCUCGGGGAGCACGAGCACGAGCACGAGCGGUAGCGGCGCGCCGAUUUAUUCGAGGCCGCGGGAGGCGUACUCGAUGUCAAGACCGGAGACGCGGGCACAGGUGCAGUCGUACUCGCAGCAGUCGAGGGCCCCGACGACGCAGCCACAGUCGUACUCUCAGCCGGAGACGAGGAGCCAGGCGCAGACGCCAUCACAAUCACAAAUGCAGCAGCCGCCGUCGUCGCAGUCACAGUCCCAGCGGAGACGCGUGCGCAAGGGCUACUGGAACCGCCGCGGGGACUACCUCACGCCGGACAUGUACAUCGUCUACGCGCCGCACGACCGCGCGAACCCGCCCGACCUGAAAGACUACCCCGCGGAGGGCGAGGGGUACCUCGACCACGAGGGGCGCUUCGUGCCGUACGAUGCGUCGCGCCAGGAGCUACCAGAGAGCAUACCGCUAAGGGGGCAGCCGCCCAGGAUCCCGUAUGAUCGGCCGUCCGUGUAUGCAUUAUCUGUCACACCACCAACACCAACCCACCAAGUUUCGAGACUCGGACUGCAAUUGUUUAUCGGGAUCGGUUCUUGUCUUUUUUAUGUGUCUCUCUAUCAACGUGCCUAUAUAUCAAAGAAGACGCUGUACGAGUACAAAUGCAAGCUACAAGCACAACUGUAAUAUACAUUCCAGAAUAUAUCUCUUGUUGUACACGAUCUCUCCUUUAUAUGCUGCGACGACUUCCACGUCGAGAUCAAUGUCCGAAACGAUGUGGAAAGAAACGGUAAGUGCGGCAUCAGACACCGAUACCCCCGUGUUUUGCUCGCAUGUGAUCGUAGACGCCUUCCCCUCUGACAAACGUCUUUAGACAUACCCAGCAGAUGUGGGACUGGCACACAGAACACAUCAUGUGGUUGCACCCGUCCACCUUCUCGAUAGCUGUCUUGCACUUUGGGCAAUUCUUCACGUCAUGUCCCGCUCGCCAC